AUGAUAGCUGCUACCAAAGCACCGCCCUCUUCAACACCACCCGCAUCAAGCCCUACGCCUUCUGCGCCUGCGCAACAGCAAACAACACCACCGCCGCCCCCCUCGUCAAAUUCUCUGCCGCCUUCGCCCCUGGCGAGCACUGCCGCAUCAAAUCAGGCCAGCGCGCCCAACCCUCCGGCUUCGUCUGCUGCAACUAGCGCUGCUCCCUCGGAACCCCCCCAUAAGUCUACAACUGAGGCUGCACAGGCAACACAACUUCCGACCACUGCACCUACCACCCUCUCUACCUCCAUAAAGUUGCAGACCUCGAGAGCUACCAGUUCGACCACGUCGGCCUCUACUGGAACCCGGCCGUCGCAAUCUGGUUCUUCCCCAAGCGCUGGGGCAGAGAAUCUAACUAGCGAGGCCGCAGGGCUCUCCAUGCCAGCCAAAAUCGGCAUCGGAGUGGGUGCUGGCGUUGGUGUUCUGGCCAUAGCCCUUGCCCUGUGGCUCCUUAUCAGGCGGCCAAAAAACCAGUCACGCUCCAUGCAGAUAUCUGGCCCAAUGCCGGGUUCUGGAAGGGACUAUACGGGAGGUAUCGUCAGCAUGAAGGAGAAGAAUCAUUCGGAGCUGGAGACGAGGUCAAAACGAUACGAAGACAUGGUGCCACGCCAGUCACCAAGGCGCUUGAUAUGA